CCUCGGAGCGGAGUCAAACACCAAGUUAGGACUCGCCAUGUCGCAUCGGGGAACUUUCAAGACCGCGUUAUCUCUCCGAACCGGAUUCUUUUGGACCAUGUGAGGCCACACUGGUGGAUAUAUGGUGUGGUGCGAGCGCUGUGAAGUUGUCGUGCAGCUAACACUUUAGCGGAGCCUCAUGUUUUCGUCGAGCCAAGAGAACUGCGCCCCGACCAAAGACCCGGUCAAGUACGGGGAGCUGGUGGUCCUGGGGUACAAUGGCUCACUACCAAACGGGGAUCGAGGAAGACGGAAAAGCAGAUUUGCUUUAUACAAGAGGACCAAAGCCAACGGCGUGAAGCCCAGCACGGUGCACAUCCUCAACACGCCGCAGGCCAGCAAGGCCGUCAACUGCAAAGGCCAGCACAGCAUCUCGUACACACUGUCCAGGAACCAGACGGUGGUGGUGGAGUACAGCCAUGACAAAGACACGGACAUGUUCCAGAUCGGACGAUCCACUGAGAGUCCGAUUGACUUUGUGGUGACCGACACGAUAGCGGGAGGCCAUGAAGGAGACGACACUCCAAUCACGCAGAGCACAAUCUCGAGGUUCGCCUGCAGAGUCGUCUGCGAACGGAACCCGCCCUUCACCGCUCGGAUCUAUGCCGCCGGCUUUGACUCCUCCAAGAACAUCUUCCUGGGGGAGAAAGCAGCCAAAUGGAAGAACCCUGAUGGCCACAUGGACGGCCUCACGACGAAUGGCGUGCUGGUGAUGCACCCGAAGGGCGGUUUUACCGAAGAGUCCAAGCCUGGCGUGUGGAGGGAGAUCUCUGUUUGCGGGGACGUUUACACCCUCAGAGAGACUCGCUCAGCACAGACUCCUGGGAAACUGGUGGAGAUGGAAAGCAACAUUCUGCAGGACGGUUCCCUGGUGGAUCUGUGUGGAGCGACGCUGCUGUGGCGCACGGCGGAGGGUCUCUUUCACACCCCCACCCAGAAGCACCUGGAGGCCUUGCGACAGGAGAUCAACGCCGCCCGGCCCCAGUGCCCGGUGGGCCUCAACACGCUGGCCUUCCCCAGCAUGCAGCGCAGCCGCGCCCUCUCCUCGCUGGAGGAGAAGCAGCCCUGGGUCUACCUGGCGUGCGGCCACGUGCACGGCUAUCACAACUGGGGCCACCGCUCCGAGCAGGAGCCCAACACCCAGCGGGAGUGUCCCAUGUGCAGGAUGGUGGGCCCCUAUGUGCCCUUGUGGCUGGGCUGCGAGCCCGCCUUCUAUGUGGACCCCGGGGCCCCCACCCACGCCUUUGUUCCUUGUGGACACGUGUGCUCUGAGAAGUCUGUGAAGUACUGGGCGGAGAUCCCCCUGCCCCACGGGACCCACGCUUUCCACGCUGCAUGUCCCUUCUGUGCCACUCAGCUGGGUCUCACUCAGGGCUUCGCCAAGUUGAUCUUCCAGGGCCCGGUGGACUGAUCUGGCCCCUCAACAUGCUGUGAAACUGUUCUACCUGGAUGAAGAUCCUCCUGGAUCAAGUACCUGCACUGAGGGGGGAAACUCACAGGGGGAUUACAGACACUCCACUCUGACCUCCCCAAACCCCUUGAGCUGCUGGAUUCAGGUUCUGAAUGUUCUUACUUUGUUGGGCCGGCCGGGACCAGAUGAUGAAUAUAGGCUGAGCCAGACAGCUGGACUGUUGGCCGGGAGGGUCUUCCCCUCACCGUCACCCCGAGACUGCCGAACAAACUGUCAUGCACAGAGAUAUUCCAGUGCCUCAGAACUAUUUGGUCACAGACGUUUUCUCACCAAGCUUUUACCACGCCGAGGCUCCACCUGAAGUUUCUUUUUUUAAUGCAAAGUUAAUAUAUAUAUUUUUCCUGUUUGGAAUUGUGUGCAUGUGUGGCUCCUCACAGGCUUUUAUAUUCUCCAGAGGCUCCGCCCCUUUUCAUGGUCCGGCCCACCCACACUGUAGGGAUGCGACCCAGAAUGUCGGUUUUGUGCACCAGCCCUGCUGUCGUUGAUCAACUAUGCAAUGAAAUAUGCCAAAAAUACCAGGGCCAAAUUGAUAGGCUAGUACAAACCAAAUUGAACCACGGUCGGUGACUUCUUUAGCAGCAGCAGCAGCUACGUGUUUUGCAGCUAAGUUAGCUUGUAGGCAGCGCCAUUGCCGCUGAGGUUUUUAGGGUUUGAGUGUUGAAGGCUUUGGAGUGAUUUGGGGUUUGAAGCACCUGGCUCAGGGCUCAGUGCCUUGAGAGUUCACGGUCGGUAACCAGCAUGCAAACACUCGCAAUAAUGGCUUCAAUAUCAGCCGAAAUUUCAAGGUCAGAUAGGCGAAUCGCAGGAGGCCUGUUAGCAGAAACUAGUGAUUUGUCUUUUUGUGCUUUCACCUCAUUCGCUUUAGAAAUAAGGAUUUGCACCCCCCACCCCCAGAUGAGUGAUGUGUGGGAGUCAAAGAUGGCUGCCUGAUAAUGUGAAUCUCAAAACAGACUCGUAGCAUUUCUCUUCAAUAACGUCGGGCCUUACCACCUUUAGUUGUGAUAGUUGUCAUGUGACUGUAAAGGCUUCUCCACUGUCGUAAGACUCAUUUCAGGACGAGCAAGGUGGCUGUCACUGCUGCCACAGAACAGGAAGUGAUGGGCUCGUGAUUUUUGAAACGGCGCAGUUGAAGAGUGAACUUGCUGAUUUCAUGUCAUCCACACGGGUGUUUUCUGGUGCGCCUUCUGGCCUCUGAGCUGGUGGGCAGCCAGCCUUUGGUCGUCUGGGAUUCGAGCCUGAAAAGUACGUAUUAAAGCAACCAACUUGCCGUUUUCCCAACUGUAAAUAAAUCAGUAGCAGCUCAGGUAAAGUCUUUAUGCAGCGAAGCACCUGUCAGGUUCAGACCCCUCUGUUGGGCGCGGUCAGGAAGAAGGUCGCCCCCGGGUCCGACAAUAGAAGGACGUGUUGAAAGUUCACCCAGUGUUUCCAAGAACUGUUUUUAGAAUGUUGACAAGGAGUUUUAAAACACAGGUUUAAGCUUCAGAUUAGCUCCUCAAUCCACUCGACAAAUGACUUUUUUUCCCCAGUCCAAUAUUUGAAAUUGAUGAACCGGACGUAACGGAGCUGGACCGUCUUGGUUAGUCAAAUCCAGAACGUGGCCUUGUUCUCUGAGGAUGUCGUGUGGGGAGCGUGAGCUAACUUUAUAUUUAGUCAUCUUCGUGGUCUAAACUGAGAAGCAGCGUUGAGGAAAGUAGCCAAAGAAGCGACGUUGGCUCUUGGGAAGCAGCAGCGGAGACGUUUUAUGUAAUCCAGCAGGGUCAGGCUUCCGUACAGUAGCAUUCCUCCGCGACGGCGCUCCGACAGCAACAUUCCUCCUCAGCAAACAUGGGUGCGGCUCCGGUUUUCGUCCCCUGCCUGAAGUGUGUACACAAGCCAUAGAUGGACUCUCCUGAUGCCUCUGUGAAUAAAAUGUUUCCUCUCACCUGCUGCUGUUUGAUUUCCACACUAACUGAAUUGAACUGGGGAAAUAAACCAUGUAUUUUCAGCGCCGUCCCUCGUCGCCUUAAUUUCCCUUGUUUUCAGAGCAUCUGAGCUGCGGUUUCCUCUGCGUUUCAUCAUCGUUUCUCCUCGCCUGAGCGAUUAUCAGAACGCAGCAAUGACGGAUAAGAGCGGCACCAUUAAACCAUGCAGUUCAUAUGAGUUCUGGCCACGAAGUGAGCCAAGGCAGACGCUGGAGAGCACAGUGUGUCCUGUGAAUCGCACUUCUGAGUUUAAAACAUGAGGGACAAGAUGAGGACUGAGUGCAUCAGGUCUCAUGUGGAGAUGUUGGGAGACAUUAGGGGCCACAGAUGCUUGGG